CCAUGAAUCCCAGCUGUGUGUCUGUAAUCUGGGAAGUGACUGUGUUUUCUCUCCCACAUUGCAGACACUGAGAUUGCACCCUGUAUACUGUAGCAGUUAGUCAGUCAGUGAGACCAUGACAUGGAGCCCCCAGUGCCAUAACACAGCACAAUUAAAGCUUUAAACGGUGGGAUGUGACUAUAAUCCCCAUCAUCCCCCAGCCUGGCAGACUGAGGAGCUCAGUGGAGAGCACAGCGCUGAGUACACUGCAUGCAGAGAGCAAGAGCCAGCCCCAGCCUGUGUUGUCCUGUUUCCCUGGAUACUGCAGUUGAGGUAGUUGCUUGGCUAAAAUCUGGGAUACCUACCUUGUUCUACCCGCUGCACCGGUGGGUAUAUCGACAGCCGACAUCCAAAUGAAGAGUGGCGAAGAGAAACAGAGGAUGGUGGAGGAGGAGUUUAUUGAUGGUGAUGCAGCUGAGGUGGAACGUUUGAAAAAGACUUUGAAAGUACAACGGAAAAAGAGAAAGAAGCCGCUGGUAGAUCCUGCUAUAGAUGCACAAACAGUGGAGCCAGUGGAAGAAUUAUCCAGUGUUAUCCAACGACAACGCAGUCUACCUCCGCUGACAUCUCAGCCAUCAAAGUCUCUUUUUGCAGAGAGCUCCAUGAGAGAGAGGUUGAGAGAGAAAUUAAAGGCUGGACGGUCCAAGGCUGAAAGCAUACUACAGCAAGAAUCUCCAAGCAUCUCGCCACGAAGCUUAACUAGAUCUCGACGUACUGGUGCACUGACCAAGUUUGAGGAUGAAGAGGCAAAAGCCAUUCCUUUACAGCGAUUAAGAGAUGUUGAAGCACACCUGAAUUCAAGAGUAAAAUUUCGUGAUGCUGUUAAGACAAUACAGCAAAAAAAACAGGUUCAAGAUGGCUUUCCCACUGCUGAAGAAAGCUACAAUUUCUUUACUGGGAAUUUCGAUCCAGAGCCAGCGGAAGAAGAAGACCAAAGGAUUCCUAAAGCAAUCAACAAAGAUGACGUGGAAGGAGAAUCAUCUGAAAAAGCAGAACAAAAUGAAGAACAAGAGGAAGAGGAGGGAGAAGAUGGAAUGGGUGAAGAGGAAUCCUUGGUUCAUGCAGAUGACUUGUUUGUCAUUGAUCAGACACUGCGUGAUUUUAUAGAGUUAUCACCUGCACAGUACGAUGGCUAUCACAGCCAACUGGAGAAAGAAAAAGAUCACAUUUUUAUACCAAGUAUCCGACGAGUGCCAACCUCUGAAAAGGUGCCUGAAAACAUGCAGCCAAGAUACCUUGAAGACGAGGGUUUGUUUAUUGGUCAGAGACCGGAGGUAUCCCAAACCAAUCAGAAUAUAAUCGAAAACAGGAUCCUUCGACAAGAUGAGGGGAGGAAAUGGUUUGGUGAUGACGGUAAAAUCUUAGCCUUGCCCGAUCCUAUUAAACCAUCCUCGACAAGACCUCCAAUAUUCUUUCUACAUGAAGGAUUAGAUCCUGCCCUGGAAACUGUUUACGUUAAGGCAAUUCCCCCAAAGCAUGCCAGCCAAUACAUUGUGGAUUCAGAAGGUCUUCAAGGGGACUUCCAGCUGGACAUUGACAUUUCUGGAAUCGUAUUUACACAUCAUCCACUUUUCAGUCGAGAACACGUUCUAGCAUCAAAACUGGCACAAUUAUACCAUCAGUAUCUUGGAAGGAAACAGAGAAACCUUUCCAAUCUUUUGACAGACAAGCUACAUGCUCUGAGGAACGCAGUACAGAACAUUGCCACAGCUAACUCACUGCAUGGGACCAGCUCGGUUACUGAACAAAGUAUAUCGGAAUAUAAAAUGGAAAUCAGGCUAACGAGAAAAUAUCGAGAUGGAGAACAGGAGAAAGAUCGUACUCUUCUUAAAUCCAUUAUAAAAGCUUGGAAAGAGAUCAAAUCCCUUCGUGAAUUUCAAAGGUUUACCAACACCCCGGUGAAACUCUAUUUACGAAAGGAAGAAGUUAAGAGAAAAGUCGAUGAGGAAGAAUAUGAAGCAGAAAUUCAGGCUGAGAUACAUGAACUUAUGGAAGAAUAUACAGAGGAGUAUGAAAAGAGUAUGACUCAAUAUAAGAAUAACCUCCAGCAAUGGAAAGCAUGGAGAAGAGCACAGAAGAAAAAGAAGAAAAAAGAAAGCGAUGAACAGGAAGAUGAGGCAGAUCCUGCUUAUUUAGGAGAGGAGCCAGUGAAACCUUCACCACCUGUAAUGACGGACACGCAGGAAGUCGAACAGCUGGUUCGAGACAAAGCAGCUAACAUCAGGAGGAAACCUGGAGAGCCAAUCCUUAUACCUGAACUUAGCCUGUCUGGAACCAUCACUCCAAAUGAUAUGUGUCCAAGGGCGGAAGUGCAGAGACGUGAAGACGUUCAGAAGCACUCCAUGUUUGUAAAAAUUCUUUUCAACAAUAAAGAAGUUUCCAGGACUGUGACAAACCGGUUGGGAUCAGACUUCCGAGUCCAUCUUGGACAAAUAUUUAAUUUGCAGAUCUUUAAUUGGCCAGAGAGUAUUAAGCUACAGAUUUUUGAAAGUGGUGGGCUUAGCAGUACCACACUGCUAGCAGAAGUGUUUAUCCCUAUUCCUGAAACCACCGUGCUAACUGGAAAAGCCCCCGUGGAAGAAGUGGAAUUCAGCAGUAAUCAACGAGUAAUGUUCAAUCAUGAAGGUGUCGGCAGCGAUGUACCAUUUUCUUUUGAGUCCGAUGGUAGCAAUAAGAUGUCUUUAAUGACUUCAGGAAAAGUGUCUUACUGUGUUUCUUGGGCUGUUGGGGAAAAUGGAGUACCUUUGGUCCCUCCCAUAUCACAGCAAAUUAUCAACAAUCAAAGAGCGUUCAACAGAACGGAUGCAGUUGCAUCUAUAGGAGCAUCUGGUUUAGCGGAUAUGAAGAAAUUAGCCAAAUGGGCUGCAGAAUCCAAACUUGACCCAAAUGAUCCCAACAACGCAGCUCUCAUGCAGCUUAUAAUGAUUGCAAACACUGGAGAUGCCUAUGUUCCUGAAUUUUUUAGACUCGAGCAGCUACAAAAAGAGUUUAAUUUUGUGUCUGAUGAAGAAUUAAACAGAUCUAAAAGGUUUAGACUGUUACAACUGCGCAACCAGGAGGUACCAGAAUUUAAUAAUUAUAAGCUUGUGCCUAUAAAGGAACGGGAGAUCCCUGAAAAGAUGUUUUUGGAGUAUGAGAAGAAAUUGCGUGAACAGGAUGUAAGCACUGCUGAGAAUCAUUUGGAUGCGUGCCGAGUCCUGGUUGCCAAGUAUCUUCAGAAGGUCAAGGAAUCUGUAAUGAACAGGUUCUUGAUAGCCAAGCAUCACUAUAUUCUACCUGACUUGGUUGUUGAAGAGGCGAUCCCAAGUCUUGGAAUCUUAGGAAUGGACCUUUUUAAAUUGGCCGAGCCAAAACGCCCAUUGAAGCCAAGACGGAAAGAACGCAAGAAAGUUACUGCCCAAAACUUAUCCGAUGGUGACAUCAAGGUCCUGGUUAAUGUCAUUCGUGCCUAUGACAUUCCCGUUAGAAAACCUGUAUCCAGUAAACCCGCACAACCAUCUCGGUCCGCACGAUCAUUUAAUGAAAUGUUUACAGUAACAGCAUCACCCCAAGUCCAGUCGCAAACACCAGAAUGGACCAUUCACCAGGUCUUGGUUCGGCCAUUUGUAGAGGUGUCUUUUCAACGUACUGUGUGCCAAACGUCAACUGCAGAUGGACCAAAUCCAAAUUGGAACGAAGAACUGGAGCUACCUUUUAGAGCUCCUAAUGGUGAUUACAGCACCAGCAGUUUGCAGUCAGUGAACGAUGACGUCUUUAUCAAUGUCUUUGAUGAAGUAUCCUAUGAUAUUUUAGAGGAUGAUCGGACAAGAGGAAGUGGAAUCCAUACGCGAGUGGAAAGGCACUGGCUGGGAUCCAUACGGAUUCCAUUUACAACCAUUUAUUUUCAGUCAAGAAUUGAUGGGACUUUUCAGAUUGAGGCCCCCCCUGUUCUUCUGGGUUACAGUAAACAGCGGUCUAUGAGUGGUGACGGGGGCUAUGACGCAGUACGAAGUUUAGGCCAGGGUUCGUUUUUAUCACUGUUUAUCACCAUUGAACCUCAGCUAGUCCCAGGAGAAGCCGUGAGAGAAAAGUUUGAUAGCCGGGAAGAUGAAAAGUUGCUGCAGGCAGCAGAUAAAUUCCAAAGUGAAGCAGCUACGAAGUUUCCAAAGCGUCAGUGUUUGACCACGGUAACUGAUAUCGAUGGCACCAUGGUUUUUAUUACAAGAUACAUCAAGGCAUUGAAUCCUCCUUCGGAAUUAAUAGAUGGCAGCUCAAAUAAUACACAAGCAGCUAUGGAACUAGUGGCGCGUUAUGUUUCCCUAAUUCCUUUCCUACCUGAUAAUGUCUCGUUUGCUGGGGUCUGCAACCUAUGGUGUUCAUCAGAUCAAUUCCUCAGCCUGUUAGCUGGUGACGAGGAGGAGCAUGCUGUCCUGCUGUGUAAUUACUUCAUGGCCAUGGGCAAAAAGGCAUGGCUUAUAGUAGGGAAUGCCAUUCCAGAGGGACCCACAUCCUAUGUCCUGACCUUGGAACAGAGCCAGUAUAUUAUUUGGAAUCCCAGUAACGGGAAGUUUUAUGGCCAGUUCGACACGUUUUGUCCAUUGCAGAGUGUUGGUUGUUUGAUUAAUGCUGAAAAUGUUUGGUUUAACGUUCAACAGUACGAUACACCAAUGGGUAUCAGUUUUGACACAAGCAGACUUAAGCUAUGGAAGCCAUUCUUCUCUCGAAGUUAUCCGAACCCUGGGCUAGCCAGUGUACAGCCUGAUGAUUUAACAUAUGACCGUCCAGAUAAGACUGCUGCUGCAGAACUGCAGGACAGAAUUGAGAAGAUACUCAAAGAGAAAAUCAUGGAGUGGCGACCAAGACAUCCUACUCGGUGGAAUCGAUAUUGCACAUCUACGCUCCGCCACUUCUUACCACUGCUGGAGCAAAACCAGGGCAAGGAUGUAGAAGAAGACCAUAGAGUAGAACUGCAGAGACAGCUUGGAGAUUAUAGGUUUUCAGGUUUUCCUAUUCACAUGCCAUUUUCCGAGGUGACGCCACUAAUCGAAGCGGUGUACAGCACAGGAGUCCACAACAGUGAAAUACCAAACAUUGAGUUUGCCCUCGCGGUGUACGUCCACCCUUACCCGCACAGUGUUUAUUCAGUAUGGAUCUAUGUCGCUUCUCUUAUUCGUAACAGAUGAUGAAGAACUCAAACCAAGCCACAGAAAAG